AUGGCUGGGAGCCGCAGGCCUCCAGGCAUGGCCUUGCUGGCCAUGUUCUUGGCUGCAGCGUUGUUCACUGUUGCUGUCCAUGUGCCAUGCCGCACUUUCGUGGCGAGUGGCAAAGGAGCCAUGGAAGCGUCGCAGCCACUGAAAGGUUCGGUGCCUUCCGCCGUAUACCGCCAGGGCGCUACUCCCGAGCCUCUGGUGGCCUCUGCUUUGCGAAGCCUUGGCUCGAUGCUCUUCCUGGGAUCGCUUGCCAGUGCCUUCCGAGCCCGAGCACCUUCAGGUCCCCGAUUGGGCAGCAAAGCGAAGGCCGUUGUGCCGUUGCAAUCCAGCUACCAGCAGGCAGCUUGCAGCCCCGAGAAACCAAUCGUCAUCGAAGCGGACGCAGGGAAGGAUUACAUUGAGACUGUCGUCGUGCCGGAACAGCCGGAGAUUCUUGCUGAGUCUGAAACCGCGGCGCAAGUGAUCACCGCGCCGGCAACGAGCGCCACAUUUGGCCGCACCGCUGUGAAAGCGCGCAUGGUUCAAGGGGCGCGCUUCCGCUCUGCCCGCUUCGCCGGACAGGGCCCCUCUAUCAGCCAAAGAAAGCAGCGGCGAAGAGUGGGAGCCAGGUUGCGUGCCGUGAGCGCGGUGUAUGAGAUGCCGCCAAUGCCCUUUGACGCGAGCCGUGUCCGCUUCCAGAUUCAGAUUGGACUCAACACCAAUCCGAGACCCCGAGCACCGAAGGCCCGAAGCCAGCCAGUGCACGAGUCCGCGGAAAGGAUGGUCUCAGCGGCGGCCCCUUGCCGUCAUUAG